CAAGAUAAACCAGUGUGUACAAUAAAGUGCUACGAAGAUGUCGCAUUUUGAAGAUAAAAAGCAAUUCGAAGAUCUUUUGGACUUCACAAAAAACUUGGUCCGUAGUACCAGAUCUCAAUUGAGCAAAUCUCAAGUGGAAUUGGUAGCGGACGAUCUGAUAGACAGAGCUGUGAGGGAAUUGUAUCCACUAAAAAAACGACAAAGUGUGGACCAGGCUUGUUCGAGUGCUACGUUAAACUCCGGUAACACCCGCGAUAAAAAUGGCUCGACAGAAGGGUACAAAAUGAGGCAACACAAGUGCAAAACCUGCGGAAAACCACCUCCUGUCCUCUACCAGCCUAUGAAUGUUACCGUCAGUGAGGAGUACAUUCCUAAUGAAAAAAGAAGAAGGCGAACUUGCCCGUCUCCAAGCCAAAACGAUUCCGGUAAGAGCACGUCGGAAUUAAAUGUUUUCGAGAAAUUGUAUGCCUUGAGGAAAACCCAUAACGUCGCGAACGAUAAGGGAAAAAAGAAGAUGUCUGCCGCUCCGAAACUCGCCUGUACCGAUUCGAAGGACCAGAAAAAUUUAGAUAAUUCGAUAAAGCAUUGCUUCGGAAGCAUUCAAAAGGCUCUUGACAAUUUGAAACUAAGUUCUGAUGUAGGUUCUAGUGCUACAUUGGGUUAUAAUCCAAAUGUAAAUUAUUAUUCUACUUCUAGUUUAAGUUCCUAAUUUUCUAUUCAUUUUAUUGUUCAUCUAUUCAUUUCUAUGUUUAUUUAGGUACUUCAUAUGAUGAGAAAGUAUUAAUUUCAUGAUAAACAUAAUAAUAUAAUAAUUGUAUGUUAAGUUGGUAUUUAGUGUAUAUUUUG